AUGGACGGUCUACAGGUAGACGACACGUCGCGCGAGAAGACGUACGCUUCAACCGAUUCCCACAAGAUGAUCUUGCCUCAGAGCUAUGCUUCAGAAUCGUCACCAAGCCAAUAUCCUCCAUAUCCUCAGCACAUGCAGACAUCACCCUUGUAUGAAGAGGGGAAGCCUAUCCAACAACGGCCACGAAUGCCCUGGGGCCUCAGCUUACGAGGAUACACAUUUCUCAUAAUUGGUAUCACAGCGGUAGUCAUGGCGGCUGCUUUGGGAGGAGGAUUAGGGGGAGCUAUUGCCGCCGUCGCCAAUGAUAAUUCUUCUCCAACGGCGACAGUAACAGCAACGGUAACAGCAAGCACCGCUUCUUCCACGGCCUCGCCCACAGCUGUUGUCAGAAACUAUACUCCCAUCCUUCCCAGCCAGGUCAACACGACGGCAUUGGACUGCAGGGACCAAGCCACCAUAAGCUCACAAAACGGCGAUACGUACACGAUGAACUGCAACACCAACUACCCUGGCAACGAUAUUGUCAGCUUCAUUUCAUAUACGCUGGAUACGUGCAUCAACGCGUGCUCAAACAUGAACACAAGAUCAGGAGAGAUGACAUGUCAUGGUGUCUUAUUCAAUUCCAACAUGCAAACUAUCUUCGAAGAGAAUGCGGGAAAUUGCUGGCUGAAGUCAUUAAUGACCGGCGCAACCCCUGAAGGACUACCUCCUUCAGUAGGGGCCGUGUUGGUAACGUCUUAA